AUGGCCGCGUCCCUGCGCGCGUUCGCCUCGAAAGGGAACCCCACGAAGGAGGCGAACGCGCAGCGACGGCACCUCUUCCAGAGGAUCAUUCAGUACGUCACGAUCGGGAUAGACAUGAGCCCGCUGUUCAGCGACGUGAUCAUGAACGCGCACACGACGGACAUGGCGACGAAGAAGAUGCUGUACCACUACAUCACGCACUACGCGCGCGUGAAAGCGGACCUCGCGCUUCUCACGGUGAACACGCUUCAGAAGGACGCGAGGGACGACGACCCGGUCGUGCGCGGGCUCGCGAUUCGAAGCAUGGCGUCCCUGCGCGUCCCCGACCUCGUGGAGUACCUCAUCGAGGCGAUCCGACUCGGGCUGAAGGACGCGCACCCGUACCCGCGGAAGACCGCGUCGAUCAGCGUGUUGAAAGCUUACGACCUGGACGAGGACGCGCUCCGGGAGACGGAGAUCUUGGACGAGGUCCGACGCAUGCUCGCGACGGACCGCGACCCGGGCGUGGUGACGAACUGCCUCAUCACGCUGCGGGAGAUCGACGGCGAGGCCGCGGUCGCGACGAAACAGAACGUGUACGGGCUCAUAAAUAGGAUAAAAGACUUCGGGGAGUUCUCGCAGGUGACGAUCCUGGAGACGGUGGCGACGUACGUCCCGAAGGACAAGUCCGAGACGUUCGAUGUCAUGAACGCGUUGGAGGACCGGCUGCAGCAUUCCAACUCCGCGGUCGUCCUCGCCACCGUGAAGGUGUUCCUCGGCGUCACGCUGCAGAUGCCGGACGUGCACCAGCAGGUGUUCGAGCGCCUGAAAGCGCCGCUGCUGACGCUCGCCGCGGUGGGCGCGUCGGAGACGUCCUACGUCGUGUGGGCGCACCUGCAUCUGCUGGUGACGCGCGCGCCGCCUCUGUUCGUCACGGACUUCAAGUCGUUCUUCUGCCGCGCGAGCGACUCCCCCGCGGUGAAGAAGCUGAAGAUCGAGAUGCUCACCGCGGCGUGCGACGCGUCGAACGCGUACGAUAUCGUGACCGAAUUGAGCGAGUACGUCGGCGACGUCGACGCCGCCAUCGCGCGAGAGAGCGUGAAAGCCGUCGGGAGGAUCGCGCUCGACGGCGACCAGGACGUGAGCGGGAUCGUCGACCGGUUGCUGCAGUUCUUAGACCACGGCACGGACUACGUCACCGCGGAGACGCUCGUGAUGAUCAAGGACUUGCUGAGACGGCACCCGAAGUGGGCGGACGAGUGCGUGCUCGCCGUGAGCGCCGUGGACGCGGAGUCCGUCACGGAGCCGUCCGCGAGAGCGGCGAUCGUGUGGGUCAUGGGGGAGUACGGGCACGUCAUGCCCGAGGCGCCGUACGCGCUCGAACCGCUCGUGGACGAGUUCGAGACGGAGGAAUCGGAGGAGGUGAGGUUGGAGCUCCUGAGCGCCGCGGCGAAGUUGUUCUUCAAACGCCCUCCGGAGAUGAAGCGCACGUUGGGGAAAGCGUUGCAUUUAGGGUGCCAAGACGCGAACCAGGACGUGCACGACCGCGCCAUGAUGUACGCGCGUCUGUUGCGACACGAUCCCGCGGCCGCGGGUCGCGUCAUCGGUUGCGAGAAGGCGACGAUCAACCGGUUCACGGAUAUCGACAGCGCGGAUAAGCACUCGGAGACGAUUUUCUCGGAGUUUAACACGCUCUCGGUGUUGUACCGGAAGCCGGCGUUCUUGUUCACGGAGGACGCG